GGUCCAUACUUGAGAGUUGAGAGAGCAGACAGUGCGGCUUCGAAUCGAGUGAUGUGCAGCGAAAAGAGCAAGAGGCAAUGGCGAUGAUGCAGUGGUGCGGCGCGGUAGCGAGGCGGGUGAUGAUAACUCACAGACCUGCCCUAACAUCAGCGGGAGGAGGGGUGGCGGCGCCGAUUCUGUGUGGACGUGGGGACAAGAAGACCAAGAAGGGGAAGAGAUUCAAGGGGUCGUACGGGAACUCCAGGCCGAAGAAGGAGAAGAAGAUUGAGCGAAUCAAGGACAAGGUCGAGGUCCCCAGGUCGACUCCUUGGCCCCUCCCUUUCAAGCUCAUCUGAUCAUCUCUCUCUAUCUCUCUAUGUUGUAGUUGGGCCUGUGGGUUUUGAAAAAGAUUUGCUGGAUUUUAAUUUUAGUUCAAUUUUUUUCUCGUGUACGUUUCGAAGAUGAAACUCUAAUGAUUCCUUAAUGCUCUGCUUGGCUGCAAGAGAGAAAAAAAAAAAUUGUCCUUUCUAGUCUU